GAAACACACACCUGGUGAGACAGACAGUGCAACGUUACAGUAUAUAGACAAAGGCGCUGGCUGAAAUUAAACUGUUACAUUAAUACAAAAUAACCUGCAACAUGUUUCAGCAACGGACGGUGCGUUUGGAAUGUGGAAAGGCGACUCAUGUUCUUUAUGUGUUGGGGACUCAGCUGAAUGUGAAGUUGUACAGAUGCGCACCACCUGGUAGCCAAUUCUUCCAAGUCAAGUGCACCAAUGCUGUACAAUACCAGAUUUCACCCAAGGUCCCCAGCACUUCCAAUAACAUGUUGCCAUUGGAGAAGUCAUUGUCUCUGUCCAUUGCAAUCAUGACUCCUAGUAAGGAUGCCAGUGACAACAAGGUUACUGUUUCGUAUUUUGGAGACAACCUGGAAGAGGUAGGGAAAGCCAUCCUUCAUCUCACUGCAGUGGAACUCUCCCUAGAUGUUGAUGCCGACCGUGAUGGUGUGGUUGAAAAGAACAACCCACACAAGGGGUCGUGGAAGUGGGGUCCCAAUGGGCAUGGGGCUAUUGUCCUCGUCAACUGUGACAUGGAGUCUCUGGUGAGCACUAAGCGAGACUGUGACGAUGACUCUGUCAGCAGGCUGUCAGAUCUGAAGGACAUGUCCCGCAUGGUGCUGCGGACUAACGGCCCAGGCCACCUGCCCCCGGGGUAUAAACUGCUGCUGCACAUCUCCUUGAGCGAUGCAGACAAGAUUGGUGUCUUUCAGGCAGGCAAGAGUAUGUUUAACAAAAGCUACCCAGUGGUGUUGGGCCGCAAGACCCUGUCUUAUGUGGUGAAGUACGAGGGGGGCACAGCAGAGACAGAGUUCUUCGUGGAGGGACGCAGGUUUCUGGACGAGAACUUUGAGGGGCUGGUGACCAUCUAUCUCAGCCUGCUGGAGCCUUCAACCAAGGGGUUCCCUGAGACGCCCAUCUUUACGGAUAAGGUGGUUUUCCGCAUGGCUCCCUGGAUUAUGACUCCCAACACCUUGAGACCAGUGCAGGUGUUUGUGUGCAGCACCCCGGAUAACUACAGCUUCUUGAAGGGCAUGACGGACCUAGUAAAACAAAGUGGCUGCAAGCUGAAGGUUUGCCAUGAGUACAUGAAUCGUGGGGACCGCUGGAUGCAGGAUGAGCUGGAGUUUGGUUAUGUUGAAUCUCCUCACCAGCGCUUUCCUGUGGUGCUGGACUCCCCUCGUGACGGUGACCUGAAAGACUUCCCCUACAAAGAGCUGCUGGGUCCGGAUUUUGGCUACGUGACUCGAGUGGCUUUCAAUGAAACUGUGACCAGUCUGGACUCUUUUGGGAACCUGGAGGUGAGUCCCCCAGUCACUGUGAACGGGAAGGAGUACCCGCUGGGCAGGAUCAUCAUUGGCUGUGCCUUCCCCACCACGGUUAAAGGUAGGAAUAUGACGAAAGUUGUCCAGGAUUUCCUGUGGGCUCAGAAAGUUCAGGCUCCCAUUGCAGUCUUCUCUGAUUGGCUCUUCGUUGGUCAUGUGGACGAGUUCAUGACCUUCGUUCCUGCUCCUAACAGAAAGGGUUUCCGGCUGGUCCUGGCCAGUCCAGAUGCGGGGUACAUGUUUUUCCGAGGGCUGCAGAAGAAAGGUCACGGCAAAGCUAAAAUGUUUGAGGGGUUGAAAGAUGAAGAGGUUACAGUGGACCAGAUUCUGUCAAGCAAACAGUUUCAGCAGGAGAACGCCUUUGUUCAGAGCUGCAUUGACUGGAACCGGGACGUCCUAAAGAAAGAGCUGGGUCUGGAGGAGGAAGACAUUAUCGACCUCCCCAUUCUCUUCAGCCUCAUGCCGGACAAGCGGGCAGUUGCCUACUACCCUGACAUGGUAAACAUGAUCGUGCUGGGGAAGAAUCUGGGGAUCCCCAAGCCAUACGGGCCAAAGAUCAACGGGGUGUGUGCUCUGGAGAAGGAGGUGUGCUCCCUGCUAGGAGGCCUGGGUCUCAACUUCUUCUUCAUCGAUGAUUUUGCCUCCUACCACAAGCUGCUGGGGGAGGUGCACUGCGGCUCCAACGUGCAGCGGGAACCGUUCAGCUACAAGUGGUGGAACAUGGCCCUGUGAGGGCUGCAUGAUGGGAGCCACAGGCCUCCUCCAAGGGGAGGUUACCAACUCAGACGGCAGCGCAGCUCCAGCAUCCUCUACCUUGUCUUCCCAGUCAUGCCUCCUGCAUGGAAGGAUCGGUCAGCGGUUUUUGAUUUUAUCCAGAUACAUUACCCAGGGUGUAGUGAAGAACGGUCUAGAUAGACUUUGCUCAUAAGGACUGAUCCUGAAUCAGACUGCACAGCUAUGCUAUCUGCACACACUGAAAUAUGUUGACCCAGGGAAGCCAGAACAGGACUAUUUUGUAAACUUUAUUUUUUAAGGGUUUAAAUGUUGCAGUUGUCAGAUAUUUUUGUGAGGAAGUGGUGGAAUUGCAUUUUAAAAAAAUAAUGCUAAAAAUAAAUACUAUUUACUACACCUGGGUAAUGAAAAGCAGACACUGGAAUCCUUAAAGUUGGAAAACCAGUACAGUUGAUUCUUUUUAAAAGUUAUUUGAUGAAUUUGGCCCAAGGAAAGUGGAUUGCUGUCAGUAGUUUUGUUUGUAAUGUGUAAUCUAAUCCCCUGUAUCUACCAACUAACCACUAAUGGGAAAGUUUUUUUUUUUUUUUUUUUAAUAUAUAUUUGGAAAAUUUUGGUACUCUUUAAGAUGGGGGGACAAAGACACGUUACACUCUCAGACCUGCAAGCAAGUGGAUGCAUCUCCAAUCUCUCCUGGACACUAUGUGCCUGUAUUGAGUAUCACUUCAGGCGUUUAGCUAAGGGACUGGUUAUACGCUUUGAAAGCCAGGACUUAUGUCUAACCUUAGGGGGGAAUAAAACAUAAAAACAAACAUUUCAUUUGGGUCAAGGUUUCAGUGUUUUUGUUAAGCAAUUAAACUGGCUGAUUAAAGAUUCUGAGUGUUCCACCUUGUUCUUACUUCCAUGUUCUGGGGUAACCAGUUCAUUAAAAUAAACCACCACUGUCCAUGUACUGUGGGUGUUUAGGCAGCAGGCUGGGACACACCUGCUGUUGCAUGAGGAGCUAGGUAGGUGUUUUUCCUCAUGUCUAACAAUGGGUACACUAUGUAACUACAAAACAAGAAGUGGUUUAAAUUCACAGCUACAACCGCCACACCUAGGCAGAUGUAGGAUGUGCGGCAUUUGGAUCAGACUUUUCCUUUUAUGGAGCAAUAACAAAGGAGUACAAAAAUAAUCUGACUACCUGCAGCAGAUCUGCUUUUCUCCCCUACUGAACAAAUACAACCUCGAAACAGUAACUUACAGCCAUCAAUUUUCCACCUGCCUUGUGUUUCAAUAAGCAAGGUUUCACCAAAGGCUCGUCAACCCUUUUCUUUGAAUACUUAUACAGUACAUGUAAAAUUUCCAGUGUUUCUAACAAUACUCAGCACACAAUAAGAUAUUGUAGUACAUAAGCCUUUUAUUAAACAUUUCCAAGAUUUAUAUAUAAAAAAAAACAAGUGAAACAGGACCCAUAGAACAUGAACAGCUUUAAAAAAAAAAACUAAAACAAAAAACCAAACACAAAAGGUCUCCCCACACAACAGGAUUCAAUUCAUAGAAACAGACAGAAUGUGUUUGGCAGGUAUGUUUUUUCUUUUCGUCUCCCACAACCAGCAAUACAUGUAAUGCACCUAAAGGAAGAAGAGUUUGUGCAGGAGCUGUAGCACUGACCCGGCAGGUGCCAGUAAUGCCUGGGCACUGAAGCUGGAAGAGACUGCAUGUUAAUACAGUGCAAAUACCAGGGCAACAGGAGAAACCAACGUUGCAGCCACUGUAAAAGGUACCAGAUUGCUGUAGGCACAGUAUUCAACCUGCCACUGACAGAAGAGUUUGGCAAAGUUAUGUGAACAGGAAUCAUAAAACUAGAAGUUGGCAGAGAAUAAAACUAAGCCAGCUACACUGGGAGAGUUUAACUCUGCUUGUGCUGAUCAGCACUAAAACACAGAUCACCGCUUCCUUCCAGUCUCAGUAGAAUAGAGGAAGCAGACUGCAAGUUAACCGCUUCUGUCCUCAGAGUUGUGUAUUAAACAGCAUUCAGGAGCAGUGAAACAAGCAACAAGUCUGGGCUUAGGUUAGACAGAAGUUUGAGUCUAUUUUCUAAACCACCAGUUGACAGAGCAAGCGUCGUUGUAGCAACCUUGUAUAAGAAAUCACAUCAAGGAUCUCCAGUACAGGUGUCAACAUACAACUGAAUACUAGAUUUGGAGUCUUUAAUGACUUUCAUAUUGAAAACUUGUAGGUUUUUGUCAAACACCACCCAGGUGGAAGUAAUAAGUUUGGUAGAAAUAUGAGUUUAGAAAAGAGGAGUUUAGAUUUAGUUAACAGAUUGUAAUAAAAGUACACCCUAGGUGGCAAAGUAAAAAGUACAACACUGACUCUUGAUCUCAAGGACACAGGAAGCAUCCAGUAUUGAAGCACAGCGAUUCCCCUUUCACAAGACUAUUCUCUUGGUUUAGGGUCCCGUUAGACCUGAGAUUUAAAUAGAUUUUCUGUAUACAAAGUUUACACAGUACAGUCAAGGUCUACGAUCUGUGUUCAGAGACUUCUCUGGACUUCAAGACCUAGUCUCAUUCCAGAGCGCUGAGGUAAUGCAAACUGCUGCAACUUGAGCUUUUGCUUUGUAUUAUAAACAGUUUUUUUUUUUUUUUUUUUUUUUUUUAAAUGGAUUUUUGUUCCAACAAAAUACUAAAAACUACCUAACAACAUUUCUAAUUUGUUCAUACAUUUUCUCUAAGGUUUGCUAUAUCAGGCUUGGGAUCUGUCUCCUCAGACAAACCCCGUGCUGGAUCAGGUUCAAUGAGAUUCCAGCUGCAGGAGUACCAAGGGCUUCAUUAUAAGACCUGGGAUCUCUUUUUCAAGAAGAAAAAAACAAAAAACAAAAAGAAAAUCACCUGAAGCUGAAGACACAUUGAAAUUUAAGACACAAAAGGUGAUCGCUGAUUCUGAUCAGGAGGCAAAGAGGGCUACAACAAAACGUGCCGUGGAAAUUCACCUGAUUCACCUUUAUUAAAUACAAAAUACCCCCCCCCCCCC